UCCCCAGCGUCAUCGCAAUCAGACGAGGAUCAUGCCAUGACUAUCUCCGAACCUAGCAAUGCCCCAUCUCCCGCGAGACAAGACGCCGAUGCGCUCGGGCCGUUUUUAGGCACGGGUGCGAAACCUCGACUGGGAUCAAUAAACGGCGGCUUCUCACGCGCAGGCUCGCCCGGGGCGAAUGGGCGUCGGCGAGGUGGCGAGUGGGAGGUGGAGAUGUGCUGACGAUUGAACAGUGAUAUAGCGUAGGGUUCGUUUUAUUUGGUCUACUAGUCUGCUUUCCGCUUCUGCGUAUUUCGUAUUCUCGAUCGACUCCGUAUUCACGAUCGUGCACCGCUUGUUGUUGUGGGCGUUGGCACGGUGUGCUGCGCCGGCCGCUGCGUGUGUGCAGGGUUGGCAAGUAUGGUAUCCUUAUGCCGUAUGUUCUAGGCUAUGGUCUCGUCUGCUCUCGUCCAUCGUAUGAUACUCCGCAUCCUCUCGCUUCGUUAUUCAUCAUAGAUCGCAUACCCCGCCGUUCGUUUUUGUGUAUUGUCUGCCCAGUAUAGUCCUUGUUUUAAUAGCCAUACAAAAAGGUACAUACAGUACGUAGUCCGUUGGAAUAGAUUGAAUGGCGUUUGAUCUUUUCAAA